GCCUGCUUACAAAAUAUUUAGUACUAAAUAAUGUUGUCAAAUAAAAUUUGUUAAUGGUAGGGAAUACAUUUUCUUUGUAAGUCGACUUUUCGAUCAUGAUGUUCGACUUUUACAAAAAUACAACCUUGUAAAAAGUAAUACCAAGUUAUUUUUAGAAUAGAAUGGUUAUGUACUUGCGCGAAUAGACUUCAUUCCACUUAAAUCAUUUGAAAAUGGCGUGCAUCAACAAGUGCCCAUAUUGCAAUAUGGCCAUUAAAAUCAAUUUUAAAAAGGCCAAUAUUCGGCCGAUACAUCCGGGCUAUCUGGCUGCUCCGGCCCAGCAACCGGGUCAUUAUCCGGGAUACUCAGGCCCACCAGCCCAGCAACAGGUCUACCCAGCCCAGCAACAGGUCUACCCAGCCCAGCAACAGGUCUACACAGCCCAGCAACAGGUCUACCCAGCCCAGCAACCUGGCUACCCGGCCCAACAACCCGGCUAUCCGGCCCAGCAACCUGGCUACCCGAAAAAUAUGUUACAAACCUUAGAGGAAAUUAAAAAGCUCUAUUAA